AUGGAUCUUUCUCAAGAAACCGAAGAUUUUCUCCGGGAAUCGGUUGAAUACACGCUGGGCCUUCCGGUUUCUACUCGGACUCUUCAAUUGAAGGUUCGUGCCUCCGAAGAAGCCCAACAGCACUUGAAGAAUCAAUACCACUCCCUCCAAUCGAAACUCAAGGAGAAGGAAGACCUUAUCGAACUUGCUAGGUCGGAGGCUACUCUGAACGCCCAGGCUGUGAAGAAAUUCGUUGAAGAGAACCAGAAAUUGGCCGCGGAGUGUAUGAAUCUGUUGGGACAGUGCAAGAAAUGGGAGCGGGAGUGUAAGUUGUAUGAACGUGACCGUGAAGCUUUGAUGGAUUUUGGAAACGAGGCAGAUGAGAGGGCUAUGGUGGCAGAAUCUCGUGUUGCUGAACUUAAGGAGGAGGUCAAGGCUUUGUCAGAGGAACUGCAGUCUUAUAAGUAUCAUUCUGAGGCGCAAUCGGUUGGUACAUCCUCACAAGACACAGCUGCUGAGCAAACACUACUUGACUCUCUUUUGGCUGCUGCAAUUGGAAAAGAUGAAUAUUCAUCAAUAGCUCAUUCUUUUCUCACAGUGAACAGUGGAAAUGACUAUUGUGAAGAAAUGUUGAAGUUGUGGAAUAGGGGUGGCUUGAGUCCAGUCGCUCAGAAAGUGCUAGCUCUGAUGGCUGAGUUCAAGUCCUUGGAGAAUGACAAGGAUCACUUGCGCGUGAACCUUAAUACAGCUGAAGAUGAGGUAAAUGUCUUGUUUGAGCAAAACAAAAUCUUAGAUGAGGAGAACAAAAAGCUGAUGAGGCAGUUGCAUAGAGAAAAGCAUAUGUCUGGCUCUGGAGGGAAGCAUUCUGCGAGUUCUUCCACAAAGGGAAACAAACGGAAAUGCAGCCCCAAGUUGUGCAGUGAUGAAGUUGAGAAGAAAAUAGAUUUCGGAAAUGUUGAUGCCGUCAGACUUCCACUAUCACCCUUGCAAUGCUCUCCUGAAAGAAGAAUGCUCAAGAAGUAG